AUGGGUCGGACGAAGCCGAAACCGAAGCCCACUGCGCGAAAGGGCGGGCCGGGCCCGGAAUCGAAUCCGUCGAACCCCUAUGACAGCUUCCAAAACAAGCGGCGGCGUCACGAAGUCCUCAAUGAGAGGGUGAAAGGCGAGCGGCGGAACAUCGCUCGCUCCCGGGCCUCGGCAACUGCCGAGCGAACGCAGCAGCUGCUGAAGGAGAAGCUGACUGUGGGCCGAAGCUCCAAGUUCCGCGAUGCGCGGCUGGGCGGAGAUGAAGGGAAAGGCACCAGCGUGCAGCGACUGGUGAGGUUGCGGCAGCGGGAAGCCAAGAAGAGCUUCAACUUGGGCCAGGAGGAAGAUCUAAAGGUCAGAGGUCGUCCACUGUCCUCCAUGGCUGACUCAGAGCUGCGGGAGGGGACUGUCGGCAGCGAUGAAGAAGCACCAGACCACAUGGACGACAUCGUGGCCAUGGGUCGCGCCAGGAAGGAGGAGGCGGCGCGGGCGCGGGAGGAGCACGAGAGGCAGAGAACUGACUUGGAUAAGGGCUUCGGGGACAUCAUGGGAGAGCUGAGCUUCCAGCCGCCAAAGGCUAAGCGGCUGCUUGACAGACCAGAGCCCGAUAGUUAUGACAAGCUCUUGAAGGAGCUGGUCUUUGACAGGAAGGCAACUGCCACGGAGCGGACGAAGACCCCUGAGGAGAUCGCCAGGGAGAAAGCGGAGAAGCUGGAAGCCCUCGAGCGGAAGCGCUUGGCUCGCGCAGAUGGCUUAGCUGAAGAUGUGGCGGAUGCAGACGAGGACAGUGAGGCUGAAGACUUGCAGAAGCUGGCAGAGGCUACCGGAGGAGAUGAGGAAGUGGCGGAGGAGGGAGAGGAGGAAGAGGAAAAGGAGGAGGACGAGGAGUUGACCGAUGGCAAGUUGGCACAGGGCCAGGAGCAAUCUGACGCCCUUGACAAUGCUGAUGAUGCCGACGGUGCAGCUGGAGAAGUUGAUGAAGAUGACAGACUGGGCGAGGAUUGCAUUAAGCUCAUGACUGUUGCAGAUGCGGAGAAAGUCCAUCGCAGCUUCAUGAAAAACGCAAAGGGUGAGGAAGGUUUGCCCUUUGCGCCCGAGUGCCCACAGGAUCGACUUUCUGUUGAGCGACUGUUGUCGGGGCGUGACUCUGUCAUGGCCUUGAAACUGGUACAACGAGUCCGCACACGAGCCUCCAGCGCUUUGUCUGCAGAGAACCGCGGGAAGCUGAAAGGUUUUCUGCUUGCCCUGCUGGACUACGCCAUCAACGUGAUCGCCCGAAGCGACGGCGAUGUGAGCUCACGGGGCAUGACGAUCGUUUUUGCACUGCGGCGACCGAUCCUGGAGCUCGCAGGUGAGUAUCCCCAGGAAGUCACUGACUACUUUCUGGAGCUGCUGAGGGCUUUGGGGCCUGAGACAGCUCCAAAGGCCCGGGAAUUGGCAGCCCUGAAGUUGGUGCCGCUCUUGUUUCCGGUCACCGACUUCCAGCAUCCCGUGGUAACGCCUGCGACUCUCCUCGCGGACCACUGGGCAUCUCAGCUUGCGAGACUUGGGGCCGACAUCCAGGACCUCGUGUCCGAAGGCUCCAUGUUGCUUUGCACGCUCUACGAGUUGCUAAGCCCCGGUGGAAAGUUCUGCAGCUCCUUCUUCCAGCUGGGCGUCGCGCUUCUGCAGUCCUCUGCCUCCUCUGCAGCUGCGGGUCGGCAGCAGGCGGCCGCCGCGGCUGAGGACCUGGCCGCGAUCCUGGCCCGGUGUUUAGAGCGUACGGCGGAGCAGGCCCCUGCCUCAGCGGCAGUACUGCUCCAGGAGGUCGUGCGGCCUGCAUUGGCAGAGAUUGUGGGGGAAGGGCGCACCAAGAUCCAAGGGGCGCUGCAGAGAUUGGAAGCCGUCUCUAAGUCCUUGGCCCUGCAGGGCUGCUUCGAAAAGACUUUGAGGCUGUUCGAUGCAGGUCCCGUGCAGAUUAAGAUGUUGGACCCAAUCUUCCACGAGGAGGGCGACCGUCCACUGACGCGGGGAAUGGAGGCUUCGGCGACGAAGCAGCUGCAGCGCAAGCUCAACCAGGAGCGGCGUGCUGCAGCGCGUCAACUGGCCCGGGACGCGGCGGUGGUGCAACAGCUGCAGAGCCAGAAGCAAGAUCAGCGGCGGAAGGCUGGGCAGCAGGAGAGGAAACGGGUGCGACAGCUAAUGGACGUUGAGAAGCAGGAGCUCAAGCAGAUGGCCACGGAGUUCGACAAGAGCAUGAAUACCAUGUUUGGAAGUUACUCCAGGACGAAGGAGCGGAAGAAGGCCAACAGGCGUAUGGGUGGCAAUGCUACGGCUGAGAAUCCCAAGGAGGCCAGGCCGAAGCCUGCGAAAGAAAAGGGGAACGCAGUGGACACAGAUGCCAAAGGCCCAAAGAAGGCUAAACGCUCUGGCGGGAAGAAGUCCAAGUUCAAGCGAUGA